GCACAGAUUGUUUAUCAGAAGAAGAAGAAGAACCAUACCGCCACUGGAGUGAUGGUCGAACAAACUCGUAAAUUAAGAAUUUCGAGAUAUUUGAGAACAGAAUAAACAUUUUUUCCACCUCGGACGAUGAGAUUAGUGGAUUGACUGGCUGUUCACGGUGGAACCGCGGGGUUAACUGAUGAAUUCCUGCUUUAAGCUAGCACUGUUUUGUUUUUUAGCUUGAAGCUAAAGCAGCUGCUAACCUCCUCGGUGUUUCCUGCUCCUUCUUUCGCGACUUCACUACAAACAUGGGCCGCGGAGACGGACCCAUGAGGGGAAGACCUCCUGUUGGACCUCCAGGGGAGGAUGUACCUCCGUUCGACAUGGGCCCGUCGGGCUGGGGCCCUCCUCCACCUGGAGGCUGGGGCCCUCCUCCACCUGGAGGCUGGGGCCCUCCGCCCGAGGAAUGGGGGCCUCCACCUCCCAGUGGUUGGGGACCACCGCCCCCUGGAGGAUGGGGUCUAAGAGGUCCUCCACCUCCAGACUGGGGCAUAAGAGGACCCCCUCCCCCGGACUGGGAUCCCCUAGGUCCCCCUUAUCCGGACUGGGGCCCAAGAGGGCCCCCACCUCCUGAUUGGGAUCCAAGAGGGCCCCCACCUCCUGAUUGGGAUCCAAGAGGUCCCCCACCACCUGAUUGGGACCCCAGAGGACCCCCACCACCUGAUUGGGAGCCCAGAGGGCCCCCUCCACCAAGUUGGGGGCCGCGUCCUGAUGACUGGGUGCCUUCUACUGACUGGGAGCGACCCCCGAAUUGGAGAGUUCGACAUCAAGCCUGGGGUCUGGAGGGUCCUCCUGAGCCGUGGGGACCAGGGUCCGUCUCGCCUGUUCCACCUGGAACUGUUCCACCUGGACCUGUUCCUUUAGGAGCUGUCCCUCCUGGACCUGUCCCACCUGUCCUUCCACCAGGUCUACCCCCACCUGGUUGUAUUGGGGUCCCCCCUCCGGAUCUUGCAGCCAUCCCACCUGUUCCACCUCCAGGUUGCUUGCCUCCAUUUGGGUACCCGCCCUUUACAGCCCCUGUUUGGACCGGAGAGCCUGUUGUGGAGGAACCGAUGCCAAACCCGCCUCCCGAUCAACCUGAGUGGAUCAAAGCUCUUAUUUCUGCUCCUCCUGGUGACUCGGCUCCUGCUGAGACUAAAAAAGAUCCUGAAACACCAGUUUUCACCAAGGCCCCUGACCCCGCACCUGUCCCUGCUCUUUCUGCCACCCCAAAGCCUGAAGCCAAGAAGACGGCCAAAGCCCUGGGGCUGCUGGGAAAGCGCACGUUUGAUAAGCCUCCUCCUGGUAGAUCCACAGGGAUCAUCUCAUUUGUUGGGCCCACGUUCGGCUACAUUGAGAGGGAAGACCUGGAGAAGUUUCAGUUCAGCUUUGAUGUCUUCUUUGGAAACCCCAAAGCCCUGACUCCGGGAGUCCGUGUCCACUUCACAGCCUGCAAAGAGAAGAACCGGGCUGUAGCUACGGAUGUCAAAGUGGCUCCAGGUGGAACUGAGAAUGUGGACCCAGAGAUCUAUGAAGCUGUGGUCAGCCAGCCCAUCGAGGAGCCUCAGCCUGGAGAACGUCAGUACCCCGGCCAGGUGUAUGUGACCCUCGGCAUGGUGCGGACCAACCUGACAUUUGAAAGGAAGGACAGCACGGUGACGCUGCUAAAGGACGACCAGGUGCUUAUCAACGUGCUGAAUGACAUCAUCACGGAGAAACGCAGAGCCACCAACAUCAAACCCAAGAUCCCCGCCACCUUCAGCUCCACCAGAGAGACCAGGGAAAAGGGCAUCAUCAUUAGUCUGAAGGAAAAUGAAGGCGUUAUUAAGUCAGAAGAACAUGGUGAGCUUCUGUUUGAAACCAAAGAGAACUUGAGCGACGUGGAUUUCACCGAGGAGGACAUAAAUGAGGAUGUGGAGUUUACUCUCAUAACGCUGAGGGCGGGAAAGCGCGCCAUCAGGAUCAAGCGAGUGAAGGAGCCCCUUCUCCUGACACUCUGUGGCGCCUCUAGCUCUGCCUUUGAGGAAACUGAGAGCGUGAGCACCAAUGGGGAAAACGUCUCUAUUCGUCCUGACAGAAUGAGGUCCAGCUCCAAGGUAAACAUGGAACCACACAUGGUGCUGGACCCAGAGCUGUAUGAGGGCAUCGUCAGCCAGACUAUCAUCGAGCCCAAGGGUGAUAUUCCUGGAUAUCCUGGUCAGAUCCAUGCCAACAUAGGCCCCCUAAAGACCAAUGUUACCUUUAACCACCAGGACUGUACUGUGACUCUGCUGAAGAACGAUCACGUGCUCAUUAACCUUCUCAUCAACACCAAGAAUAAUAAGCGGCGGGCUGCUAAUAUCCGACCAAAAAUCCCCUUCACCUUCACCUACACCAAGGAGAUCAGAGAACUGGGUACCAUCGCCUUGCUUGGCGACAAGGAGGGAGUCAUAGGUUCAGCCAAUCAUGGUGAAAUUCCCUUUGACAUCUGUGAAAACUUUAGUGACACAGAAUUCAACUCUGACGAUGUCGGGAAAGACGUGGAGUUCACAUUGACCAUGGAUAAACCCGACAAGAGAGCCAUCAGGCUGAGAAGGAUGAAGAAGAAUAAGGUGGUGGAAGACAAAAUCCUGCAAGAGCAGAAAAAACGAGAGGAGGAGGAGAAGAGGAAAAGAGAGGAGGAAGAGAUGAAAAAGGAGGAUGAAUAUGAGAGAGAGGCAGAGAGGAAGAAGAAAGAGGAGGUGGCUGCAGUUCUGGCAGCUGCCAAAGAUAAGUGGACUCCAUUCGGCUUCAGGUACAGAGUCCCCAACUCCAUGUACGACAUCAGCAAAGAGCGGUUUGAAGGCACCGUUCUCAAAGCCAUUUCUAGAACUUCUCCAAAAGAGGGGAAACAGGAAGAGGAGGAGAAAGGAGACACUGGGAACUGGAAGGUAAAAGUUAAGCAGGAAAAAAUGGAUGAAGAUGAGCAGGCAGAAGAGGAGAUUACAAAUGAGACAAUGGAGGUUAAAAAGGAAGAGGAUGUGGAGGAAGAGAAGAGCAAGCCAGCUGAAGCUGCAAAGGAUGGACUGUUAGACCCUGAAAUGGGGCGACUGGUGAUGACAGUCAGUGGCAAACAGAAGCAGCUCUCCUUCGGGGCCGAUGACAUGCUGACGACAGCCACCAUGCUGGUCGGAGACAAGGUGCGCUUCAGCCUCGCCACCCACCGAGACACCAAAGAGGAGCGAGCAACAUUUGUAGAAAUUCUUCCUGACUCCUUUGAAGAGUCCACUGAACAACGUCAACAUGGCAUUGUGAUCGAGUUCUCAGAGGACUCAGGACUCAUCAAGUGUUCUAAGAACCCUCAGCUCUUCUUUCAAAUGUCUGAGGUGAUGGAGAAGAAGAAGCUUGAGCUGAAUGAGAAGGUCGAGUUCAGCAUCGUUCCGCACGAAACACCAGAAGGAAGGAACCAGGCUAUCAGGAUCAAACGUUUUACUGAAAAAGUUUUCCUCCCGGUUCGGAAACUAAGCGGUGUUGGUGCAACCAAAGGAAAGAUGACCAUUAAGUUGACAAAACCAUCUGAAGGCACUGAAAACCAGAAACCAGAGGCAGACAAACUAAAGGCUGUAGUUAAAAACCUAAGGAAGGAUUACAGCAUCACUCGGCACAAAUGCCACCGGAGCAGAAGUCGAAGCAGGAGUAAGGAUAAGAGUAAAAGCAGGAGUCCAUCAAGAGAUCAGUUUGGGCGUGUCGUGAAAAAGAGACGCAGCUUGAGCAUUGAACGUGAGCGAAGUAGCAGCAGGUACAGACGGAGCCGAGAGAGUUCACACAGGCACACCAGGAGCCGCUCCAAGAGUCGCAGCAGGAGUCACAGUCACAGCAGGAGCUGCAGUAGGAGCCCCAGAAGGGGCAGAGAGAGGAGCAAAGACAGGGUCUCCAAGAAGAGGAAUAGAUCCAGCACAGAGCAUGAGGAAGGUCACCGGAGAAGGCGGGAGCUGAGCCCUCCACCACGGCGAGGCGGAGUCGUAGAUGGUGAGCUGGCGAGAAAAAAACGGGAGCUGGAGGAGCUUAAUGAGAUGAUCGCUUAUAAAAAGUCUCUGGUGGAACUGGACCCCAGGGGACUAGAGCCUGGAGGAAGGACCUGCAUAGACUAUGACCACGGCAGGAUAACUAUGCCACGGUCCAUUCUAAAGAAGCGACCAGAAGAACUAGACUACAGCCGCCCUCCAUACAACAAUCCUUAUUAUGACCGACCAUAUGGUCCGUACCCGGGUCGGCGAUACGGUGAGCCCUAUGGCGACCCGUACGCUCAGCCGUACGCAGACCGACCGUAUGGUGACCGGCCUUACGAGGAUCGUCCUUAUGACAGCCGCCUCUAUGGAGAGCCUCCCUAUGGUGGAGCACCAUCAACCAGUCAUCGCUACACUGAUCGAUACGAUGUAUACAAUGAGCAUUAUGAAGAUCAUUUCUACGACCCAGCAUUUAGGGAACGACCUUAUGAUCCGUACCCACCAGACAUACGAAGUAGGUCUCCAGAACCACAUGACUCUUCACCACUUUCUCAGUCUAGCCAGAAUCCUAACACUUCUGCCAAACCCGUGACUCACACAGCUGCCACUUCUUCCACUCAGUCUACUUUCCGACCUCCUUCUCCCAUAGAUUCUCCUCCAAGAACCCCUUCUCCCAAACAAAGAUUUACAACACCACCGCAGUCCCCACCACCCGAGAAACCCCCUUUAGACCGCUUCCUCGACAUGCUUAACAAGAAGGUUGUUGCAGAGAAGAGCUCAGAACUAGCACAUGUGGUAGAUGAUCUCCUGCCCCAUGAGCGUGCACUUCAAGAUGGCAAGGGUUUCUCUCGGAUUGUAGGUCUGGCUCAGGAGCCCCACAGCAGCAGUCUAGCCCAUGAAGUAGAAAAUAAAAAGCCAAGCUUCAAAGAAUCUUCAGUUGAGAGAACAAAUAAUGAUCAAAAGGCAGAAUCCUACGAUAAGAUACAGAGUUUGUUGCGUUCAAUUGGCCUCAAGCUGAGUUCUGGAGAGGUUUCCAAACUGACCAGUCAAGCUCAGGAGAAAACCUUAGGCUCCAAGUCCUCGUUGGCUGAAAGAGGGACAUUUUCUUCUCCAAAAGAAGAGUUGCGGAGUAGCAGAACUGGUUCUGUGGAAAUGGAUCUUAUCCAUUCUCCUUCCCCUGUGAGAUCUUCCAGUCUUGAACCUCUCAGCAGACCAAAGCUGGCUGUAUCAGAGUGUGAUGAAUUCUUCAACCAACGGGAUUUGGAAGCGCUGAAGAAGGUGCAACAUCUGCAGUGUCGUACUAAGACAACGGGGAGCGCACCACCCACCAUCUCCUCUCCAAAACCUCCUCCUGGGCCUCCUCCUGCUCACUACCAACAUCCAACCCCCCCACUAAAUUGGCCUCUUGGUAUCAUCUCCCAGGUUUCUCCAGACCAAAGCUCUGUACCAAAUAGCUCUGGAAAUGCGGCUCCACCUGCAGCUGCCCAACACCACCAUAGACUGGGAGGUCCUCCAGGACCUCCCCCUGGACCUCCCCCUCGACGUCAGGUACAGCAUCCUCCAGGACCUCCUCCUGGACCUCCGCCACAGCGAUCUCCUGGAGUACCUCCUUUCACCCCAACCUCCGCUCCUACAGUGCUUCCUUUUAUUGGCCAUGUCAGUUCGACUCCAGCAGCCAGUGCAUCCAGUUCCUUACCACCCUUACCCACUCCCACAGUGACACCAGCAACCUCGAGCCCUGCGAGCUGCGACCAGUCAGCCAUGUCUGCAACGGUGGUGCGAUGCUUGAAUUUGAUAGAGACUGUGAAGUCUCUGAGCACUCAGCCACCUGCUAAACCUGGUAAAUCAGUCCAGUUCAGUUUACCCUCAAAGUCUCUGUCAUUCCCCUGCUCACUGCCCUCAUUAGAGACAGACGAUGACAUAAAGGCCAAGCAGAAAGAGAAGCUGGAUUUGUAUAAUCAGAGGCUUCUAGAGAAGAGAGAACAUCAGUACCAGGAGAUGCUCAUCCUCAAGAGACAAGGAGAGAAGAGCAAAGAUGGUCCACCAGCCUCCUCAGGUAAACCAAUCAGUAGCGAGCCCAAGAACGUUUGGAUCUGUGGUCAUUCACUUGUGUACUGGGCUGAGUCACGGGCCAAAUCUCCAGAGGUAGGUAUGCAGCUGGGCAUGGACCCCAGCAAGGUGACAGUCUGGUGGAAGGGUAUCCAGGGCAUGACAUGGUCUCAGCUGUUGCCCCAGCUCCACCAGCUGAAGGUCACCUGGCCAAACCCGGACAUUCUUGUCAUUCAUCUGGGGGGAAACGACCUGAGCACCGAGAGCCCCACUAACCUGCUGGCCUCUGUGAAGAAGGAUAUGACCUCCAUAAGGAGCAUAUUCCCACACUGCCUCCUUGUGUGGUCCAAUAUCCUCCCUCGGAGGGUGUGGCGUCACUCUCCGGACAGCCAUGAAGUUGAUCUGGUGCGCACAACGGUGAACCGUAGAAUCCACAACAUUGUCUCAGAGCUGGGUGGCACCUCAGUGAACCAUGAUAACAUUCGGUGUGGCACAAACACGGGCCUGUACCGGGCCAAUGGCAUCCACCUGUCUCCUAAGGGCAUUGAUGUUUUCAACUUGAACCUUCAGGACUUUCUGGAAAAGUGGGAGCUGGAGAACUCCAAGAACAGUCCAGAUGUGUAGGAGUCAUUUUUUCUUUCAGGGUUCUUUAGGUCCAGCAUUAGCUAGCUAGUUCAGACUGUAACUGAUUCUCUAUGAAGGCAGUUCUGUGCUUGUAGUUUGAAUGUAUAGAAACGUCUCAUUAAAUGCAAACUGAAAUAUUCUGCCACCAAUAAAGAUCAUUUUUAUAAAAAACGCA